AUGAUUGAUGUGGGCUGGAUCGACAUGGGCUGGAUCGACAUGGGCUGGAUUGACAUGAUCUUGAUCAAUGUUGGCAGGAUUGACAUUCCCAUGUAUGAUGUGGGCUUGAUCGCCAUGGGCCGGAUCGACAAGGGCUGGAUCGAUAUGGGCUGGAUCGACAUGAUCAUGAUAGAUGUUGGCAGGAUCGAUAUUCCCAUGAUUGAUGUGGGCUGGAUCGACAUGGGCUGGAUCGAUAUGGACUGGAUCGACAUGGGCUGGCUCUACAAGGGCUGGAUCGACAAGGGCUGGAUCGACAAGGGCUGGAUCGACAUGAUUUUGAUCGAUGUUGGCAGGAUCGACAAUCCCAUGAUUGUAGGGGACAGGAUCGAUAUGAUCAUGAUUGAUGAGGACAGGAUGGUAGAUUUGAACUGGGUUGACUUGAGCACUCCGCCAUCAGAAAGUCAUUGA